CACUGUAUAAAGUUCAAUGAGAAGGAAGCGCAACAAUGGCCGAUCGUCAGAGACUUGAUGCGCAGAAACAGACCCUCGACGAUGCUUAUGCAGCUCCUGCCAACUUUCUUGAGGUUGAUGUAGUUAGUCCUGAGACUCAUGGUGUCGGCAAGAAACGAUAUACGGAUUACGAAGUUCGAAUGAGGUCGAACCUUCCGGUCUUCAAAUUGAAGAAUUCAUCUGUGCGUAGACGCUACAGUGACUUCGAAUGGUUGAAGUCAGAAUUAGAAAGAGACAGUAAGAUUGUUGUACCUGCUCUCCCUGGAAAAGCCCUAAAAAGAAUGCUUCCAUUCAGAGGAGACGAUGGAAUAUUUGAAGAUGAGUUUAUUGAAGAAAGAAGACAAGGAUUAGAGGCGUUUGUCAACAGAAUUGCGGGUCACCCACUUGCUCAGAAUGAAAAAUGUCUUCACAUGUUUUUACAAGAACCGACAAUUGAUAAAAAUUAUGCUCCUGGUAAAGUUCGUCAUUCUUGAUUGUGCUUGGAUAUCUAUUUAUAAUUUGUAUUGUUUUUUUGCUUUGCAAAUGCUUAAGAGAAUUUCUAAUCAGUCAAUUACUUCUCUCAUUGAUUGCAUUCGCACAAGUUCAGCAUGUCAUGGAAUGAUUCUGUAUUAUGGUUAAUAACUCAAUGCCAAGAUUAUUAGUGAUUAUUUUGUAUAAAACAUUUUCAUUAUUUCAUGGAAAAUAUGCUUUCUCCCAGUAAUAUGUUUUUACAAUAUGCCUCGAAUUGUUAAUUGUCAGCUAUUGAUAUAAAGUCAUUAUCUCAUGUGUCUUGCUUUGAUUCUCUGUCAAAAAGCAAAUAAACAUCAUGAUUUUCUAUAA